CCGCCUGGCUAGGGAUGGGACAAUGCGGUGUUAGUGUCUGCAGUAUUCCGACUCUUGGACACUGGUGGCUGCAAGCUGCGUUUUUGGCGUCCUCUCACACUUCCUAUCCUUGUCUCCGCCCGCGGCUGCCUUGGCCAGCCAGUUUUUGAUUUUUAAUCUGGUUACUGAUCAAUAAACCGAACCUAAGGAAGUACAGGACACGAUUACCCCACUGCCAGCUCUGGCCCGGGGCUUGUACAGCCCAGCGGGCUGCAGAAACUUAGUCACUGCACCCUCAGUCCCUGAGAUCUGAAGCUCGUUGCACGUUCUCAUCCUUGGGAACGUGAUCCCAGCAUCCGACGCCAAGAUGCCGGCCCACAUACUGCAAGAGAUCUCUGGCUCUUACUCGGCCACCACCACAAUCACAGCGCCCCCUUCUGGGGGACAGCAGAACGGAGAAGAGAAGUUUGACAAGACCCCUCACCACUGGGGAGCAGAUGUUCGCCCUGAAAUAAAAGAUGACUUAUAUGACCCCAGCUACCAGGAUGAGGAGGGGCCCCCGCCCAAGCUGGAGUACGUCUGGAGGAACAUCAUCCUUAUGGCCCUGCUGCACGUGGGAGCCCUGUAUGGGAUCACACUGGUUCCCUCCUGCAAGGUCUACACCUGCCUCUUCGCAUACUGGUAUUACGUAAUCAGUGCCCUGGGCAUCACAGCCGGGGCUCAUCGCCUGUGGAGCCACCGAACUUACAAGGCCCGGCUGCCCCUGAGGCUCUUCCUCAUCAUCGCUAACACCAUGGCUUUCCAGAAUGACGUGUAUGAAUGGGCCCGAGAUCACCGCGCCCACCACAAGUUCUCAGAGACACACGCCGACCCUCACAACUCCCGGCGUGGCUUCUUCUUCUCUCACGUGGGCUGGCUGCUUGUGCGCAAACACCCAGCUGUCAAAGAGAAGGGCGGAAAACUGGACAUGUCUGACCUGAAAGCCGAGAAGCUGGUGAUGUUCCAGCGGAGGUACUACAAGCCCGGGCUCCUGCUCAUGUGUUUCAUCCUGCCCACGCUGGUGCCCUGGUAUUGCUGGGGAGAAACGUUUGUGAACAGCUUGUGUGUGAGCACCUUCCUGCGAUACGCCGUGGUCCUCAACGCCACCUGGCUGGUGAACAGUGCCGCCCACCUCUACGGCUAUCGGCCCUACGACAAGAACAUCAGCUCUCGGGAGAAUAUCCUGGUUUCGAUGGGAGCUGUGGGCGAGGGCUUCCACAACUACCAUCACGCCUUCCCCUAUGACUACUCCGCCAGUGAGUACCGCUGGCACGUCAACUUUACCACGUUCUUCAUCGACUGCAUGGCUGCCCUCGGCCUGGCUUACGACAGGAAGAGAGUGUCCAAGGCUGCCGUGUUAGCCAGGAUUAAAAGAACUGGAGAUGGGAGCUUCAAAAGUGGCUGAGUCUGGGGUCUUCCAGUUUCUGAUCCGAAAGCCAGCUUGGCAGAGGCUUAAUGUUCUCUUAGUUAACUACUGACGCUAAAACGACGAAGUUAACCCAUUCUGGUACAGUAUUGUAAAAUGGACAAGACCGAAAGUCAACAGCUCUUCCUUUUGAUGCUAAGCUCAUCUUCCCUUCUCUUUUCCCGUUGUCAUUUCCUUUGCUUUGUCCCUGUUGACCUUGUUUUUUCAUUGCCUCCCAAGCCAGCAGCUGUUCAGCCAUAAGUCAGCGCUCACCCUCCACAGUAUACCAACUUUUCAAGGGUC